UUACACUUGCCAAAGCUGCUCCAUUUAGCCAGCAGGCUACACUCCUAACAUUCACCGUUCAUAUGUGAAUUCACAAUUUUGGAGACAUAGUCGCUCUAUCUCUCGUGGAGACAUAGUCGCUCUAUGUCUAGUGGCUGGGAAUGGGAUUUUCUUGAAUGUAACUUAACGGCGGCAGCAGUUGUUGGACCGGCGUUUUCGGCGCCUCCUCGCAGCGGAUUUACAAAGCCUCUCCGGAACCUGCAAUGAUAUUCAGCACCCUGGACACCGACUGAGCGUUUCAGCACCCUGGACAGAGACUGAGGGUUUCAGCACCCUGGACAGCGACUAACCGACCACAGGAGGCUGUGGAAAGGCCAGCACGUGGCAAGAGGAGGGAGAAAGGAUGGAUCUUCAGACCUGUGUAAGAGCCUCCCCCCGGGGAAGCCGUCGUUGGACGCAAGGCCUCAUGGGCCAGUGACCUGCCGUCUCUGUGAUUUAUGGCGACUGGAGGCCUCUGGCCACUGCAGACUCCUCUCCUCUCUCUCCUUCGUUUCCCUUCACACACACUGCAGGACUGCAAGGAGCCACACACACUGCACCACCAUCUACAGGAGUACCCAAAGAGGAAUUCCUGGCACAUGCUGAGCAGCAACACAGGCUUACACACGCAUACAUCCGCAAGCCACACUGUUGCUUCCUACACUGUCUCAUCCAAGACUAAACACCUCCAUAAACAUUUCCACACUGCAGCACCGUGUCCCGCAAUCCCAUCACAUGUCCAUUAGACCAAACCCACUCUGAGAGUAUUCUCCAUUUGACUGUGUGUGGAUUACUAUCAGUCAUGGUGUGUCAGCUGUAGAGCCCUCAGUGUAGCUGCUGCUCAGGGGCAGAGCUGGAUCAAUGGAAGUGCGCUGAGUAACGAGGUGAUGUUCCUGUUUUCACAUGGUCUGAGAGCAAUCAGCAGCCAGCAUCUCUGCGCUGACUCUACACACAGCUCUGCUUCUACGCUACAAUAACCGUCCUCCUCAAUGGACUAUUAGUGAGUGACUUAUAGUAUCAUUUUAAUAUAAGAUACACUGUUGCUGGACUUUUGCUCCUGUGCACACCAGAGCUGUCAGACCACUUUAAAUACCCUUUUUCCUCCAACCAUAAAGGUUUGGAGCGGACACAGCACUGCGUUUACCUUCUGGACCAUUUUAUUUUUACUUUUGAAAGCUGUGGAGAGAGAGUGAGAGCCAGCAGGUGCCCUCGCCAUGGUGUUGCCGCCCCCAGACAAACGCCAUGUGUGCCUGACCACCAUCGUCAUCAUGACCAGUAUGGCCUUCAUGGACGCCUACCUGGUGGAGCAGAACCAGGGUCCCAGAAAGAUCGGUGUGUGUAUUAUAGUGCUGGUAGGGGACGUAUGCUUCCUCAUAGUGCUGCGAUAUGUGGCAGUGUGGGUCGGUGCCGAGGUGCGCACCGCCCGCCGAGGAUACGCCAUGAUCCUGUGGUUUCUGUACAUCUUUGUUCUGGAGAUCAAACUCUAUUUUGUCUUCCAGAAUUGCAAAGCUGACAGGAAGAGUCUGGAGACAGUGGCACGGAAGGCUUUGACGUUAUUAUUAUCCGUGUGUGUACCAGGUUUGUACCUGGUUCUAGUGGCUCUGGAUAGCAUGGAAUAUGUAAGAACUUUCCGAAAGAAGGAGGACAUGAGGAGCCGUCUGUUCUGGGUGGCUCUGGACCUGCUGGACCUGCUAGAUAUCCAAGCUAACCUGUGGGAGCCCCAGCGGACAGGCCUGCCCAUCUGGGCCGAGGGCCUCAUGUUCUUCUACUGCUACAUCCUGCUGCUCAUCCUGCCCUGCGUGUCGCUCAGUGAAAUCAGCAUGCAGGGAGAGCACAUGUCGCCCCAGAAGAUGAUGCUGUACCCGGUCCUGAGCCUGGUCACCAUAAACGUGGUCACCAUCCUUAUACGUGGUGUAAACAUGGUGUUGUUUCAGGACAGCCGUGUUUCUACCAUCUUUGUCGGCAAGAACGUGGUGGCCAUCGCCACCAAGGCGUCCACCUUCCUGGAGUACCGCAGACAGGUGAAGGAGUUCCCCCACCCACAGAACGCCAUGGCGCUAGAGCUGCAGCAGAACUCUGUCAGCCACACGCAGCCGCUGCCCAAUGCCACCAGUUUGCCACAUGAACCUUCGCCAGCGCAGGACGUCAUCGACACAUGACCGCCAGCGCUGGACUCGGCACCAUUAGAAACUGACUGCUUUUUAUGAAAUUCUCCAGGAGGGAAGGUAGAUAGAGAAAUCAGCUGCAUGACAGGAUGAUAUUCUGCUCUUGUCAAGCCCACAUGAACAACUGUGAAACCAUAAAAGAGAUUUUCAGCAUCACCUGCCUGUCAGAACAUACUGUAAACCUACACUUGACUGAGUGCAGCGAGCAGACUUUAAAAUGAAGUCAAGCGUUUUUAUCGUGCUAUUGUGUUUUUAAUUGUUUCAAAUGUUUUAAAAGUUCAGACUUUAUUAAGAGACAAUCUCCACAGUGUGCAGCCCAGUGACAUUAUGUUCUGUAAAAUGGACAGUUGCCCCCCCC